GAAAAUGAGGAAAGCUGGCUUGUCCUCCCAUCCCUACAUCCUAUGCCUCAGGUGGGCAAAGGUUCAUUUGGGGCAGGGAAGGUCAACCGCAGAGGAGCCUCACUGGGUUGCUGAAAGAGGCCAAGAAGGAGCUAGCUCUCAGGAAGCCACCUUUGACUCCAGACUCUCUCCAGGCUGCCGGGAUGCAGGCUGCUGGGGCCUGGCUCCCCCUCCUGCUGCCGUGUCUGCUCCUGCUGCUACGUACCUCCAAGGGCCAGAACCUGACUCAGAACUGCAGCCAGGACUUAGACAACAAGACUUGCAGUUGUCUGCUGCCCCACGAGCGGCAAAACUGCACUGACCGCAAACUCUCCGCCGGGCCCAUUGUGGGCAUCACCUUGGGCUUGGUGCUGCUGCUAGCCGGCGUCGCUGUGGGGACUGUCCUGGGGAUCCGCAGGAAACGGCGCCGGGAUGCCCUCGAGACCUGUCCUUGGAAGCCUUCGGAGAGCGGCUCGGCCCCGGGCUGGCAACCCCGUUAUAGCAGCCGGAGUGUCGGGCAGUUCACUGAGGCCACUACCCCCAGCCCCUCGGCUGCCCCAGGCCCAAGCAGCCCCGGGGCUCUGCUCUAUGAGAACUUGUUUCUGGGCUCCCAGCCUAGCAGCCAGAGCCCGAAUCCCAGGCAGAGUCGCAGAGGGUCUUCGCCAGAUCCCGAGGCCCUCUACAUGAACUAUGAGGACAGCUCCAGGGCUGAGCAUCCCAUCUAUGGCAACGUGAAUAAUCUGACCUGCAUCCCGGAUCCCCAAGCGCCCCAUCAUCCUGAGGCUGAGGAUGAGGAUGAAUACGUGGUACCAGGGUGCUGAACUCUCCAGACCGGAAAUCCCGGAUCUAGAGACCAAGGCCAGCACCUAGACUCGGCCGGACUUUAUGCAAAUGAGCCAGCCAGCCAGCCAGCCAGCCGGGAACUGAAGAGAGUUUGGGCAGCCCCGAAAAUGUAAUAAAGAAAUUCAGUAUAGGCUGAAUUGUCUCCCCUCCUCCCCUA